UAUAACAAAGUUGAUAGAGAAACAAUGAGUCUUCUGACAUAAUUUAUUAUAGCAGUUUUGUUAAGUAGGCAAUGCAGCUUCUUAACUUCUACGACAGCAAAUUAGAAUGCACGAGGUUUUGAAUUCUUUACAAAAGUAGGGGCAACUGCAUUUUUCCAGUACGCAUGAUUUUGUAUCCUUUCAGAAAGCAGGAAGCAGCACGCUGUUAAUCGCAGUCAGACAGAUAACAGCAUUUCCUGGGAAGGUCAAUUCAACGGCAUUGUUUACAAAGGUGUUUUGAUUGUGUCUUUCGGUGGCUACAAAUUCAUUCAAACGAAUGUCAGUGACUUUGGCCCGUGAUCUUGGAUUACCGAUGGACCAACAGCACAAAUCCCAUGCUUGGAUGUGAUUCCACCACUGUGAGCCUGAUGUACAGAGAAGGAAGGACCGGUUCUGAUGGCAGACCAUCUUCCCUCAGGGCUACUGGAAGCGUGUGUUGUUGUCGGAGCCUCUGGGGAUAAACUCAAGGAUGUCUACCAGUCUCUACAGCAGGGCAACAGCACAACAGACCUCCUUAUUUUAGACCCAGAGGUCUUGCAAGUCCACGUACCUCCGUUUGUGACCAAAGAGAAUGCAGAUGAGUCUGGUGUCCCCAGAACCUUCAGUCGAGUCCAGUGCAGACGGUCCUUCAUCAAGAAGAAGGAGAGGCUAGUGGUGGCUCCUAGUGGCCCUGGAGGGGCCGGGAGCAGUGAGGGGGCCACUGUCACGGAGGAUGUCAGCGUCCCCAAGGACAUUGACCUCAUGGCCCUGCCCCAACUCUGCUUUCCAGGGGGGCUUCAAGUAACAAAUGAACCAAAAGAAGAGCGUUUUCACUUUCUAGUCUUCACGGAUGUGUUCGGUAACCAAACCCAUGGAGUGGUUGUUCAGUGUUGUAGACCAUUUCAGGAAGGGUCAGUGUUCUAUCAGAAUGGACACUGGUCGUCCACCAGGACCACUAAGCUCUACACUGCUUUUGCCAUCUGUGUCAUAUCCAAGCAUCCUUAUUACAAUGCUCUGAAGGACUGUCUGUCUUGCUUGCUGGUGCAGCUUAGAACAUGCAGGUUGUCUGAAGAGAGGGUGAAGGAAUUUGCAGCCAAACUGUCUCUAGUGCCCAUUCCACCCCCUGGACAACUACAUGUGGUGUUCAACCUGAGACCCCUGAUGAUCGUACUGCCUUCCAGAGAGGAUAAGGAACACCCCGCUGUAGACCUGGACCUCCAUUUGCCCUUCCUGUGCUUUAGAUCCAAACAGAUUUUACAGAUCAUCACUGGUAUUCUGAUGGAGCAGAGGGUAGUGUUCUUCUCAGCUGACUGGGCCCGCCUCACCCUGGUGGCAGAGUGUUUCAUGUUCUACAUCCACCCCCUCCACUGGCAGCACCCCUACGUGCCCAUCCUCUCAGCCCAGAUGCUGGACUUCAUCAUGGCCCCCACCGCCUUCCUCAUGGGCUGCCACCUCAACCACUUUGAGGAGGUCGCUGCGGAAACAGACGACCUGAUCUUGAUUAAUAUUGAUGAUGGAACAGUGUCUUCUUCCUGCUCCGAGACUGUCGACCUACCAGAUGUCCCCUUCGUUUCGGCAGAGUGUUUUACCAAGCGGAGGAAGGGCCUCCAGCUACAAUAUGAUCUAGAGGUGUGUCACCAAGGGGCCGGCACAGACGUUAAUGAGAUGCGCAUGCUGAGGAGACAAUGGCAGCAGAACCUGAACUGGGAAAUACAGAAGGUUACCUUGGAGCUCAUUGUCAACAUGUUCAGGGAUGUCAGUGGUCACCUGAACUAUGAACACCGAGUGUUUAACAGUGAAGAGUUCCUGAAGACCAGAGAGCUAGCUGACCUUCCCUUUUACAGAAAGGUCUUGGAGACACACAUUUUUCAUUCAUUCCUGAAGGACCGCCUCAAUAGGAAGAUGGAUGCUUUCACACGCAUGGAAGUCAACACUCGCUCAGAGACACAGAAAAUGAAGGCGAUGACAGACAACCCCAGGAGGCCCACCAUGCAGGAAAUGGCCAGGAAGUAUAGCAGCAACCCAGAGAUCCGUCUGAACAAGAGGCUGGGGAUGAGCCUCCCCAACCUGGGAGAGGAGCGCCAUCUCAACCUCCUCAGACAAACCUCCCUCAAGAAGACCAUUAUCCCUGAAAGUGCCUUCAAGAUCCCGCCCAAGCCUGUGAAGAUCUUCAAGCUGACAGAAUUUCCUCCUCCCAUGGUGCACCACCAUGUCCAGAACUACUAUGGAGAGUUGAUCAUACUACUGGGGAAGGCCAUCUCCUGUGUUCCUCCUGAGGACUCCACCCUCCUGGCCAGGUACUUCUACCUGCGUGGCUUCAUGAACACGCUGUGUUCCAAGCGUCUUGACGCCCUCAGCGACUUCCAGAACCUCUACAAGACGGACAUCGAGAUCUUCCCCACCGACCUGGUAAAGGCGCUAGUGGACUCGCUGCAGAAGGACGAGUUCUCCCAGGUGGACCGGUGGCCAGAGCUCAAGCGGCUCAUCUUCAAGGUGAAGACAGACAACGAGAUGGUGCUGGUCCAAGCUGACGACCAUGUGAAGAAGUUCCAGCUCCCUAAGACCCACAUGCUGCAGGAGGACUUUGUGAAGCGCAUCCAGGAGUCUGGGAUUGUGAAAGACGUCGCCACCAUCCAUAGGCUGUUUGAGGCUCUCACUGUGGGGCAACAGAAGCAGAUUGACCCAGAGGUGUUCCGUGUGUUCUACACCUUCUGGAAGGAGACGGAGGUGGAGGCCCAGGAUGUUCACCUGCCAGCUGAGGUCAUGGAGCACCUGGACAACAACGAGUGUGUCUACAAGCUGUCCUGCUCCGUCAAAACCAACCAGGGAGUGGGUAAGAUCGCCAUGACACAGAAGAGGCUCUUCCUGCUCACUGACGGGAGGCCUGGGUUUAUCGAGAUCACCAAGUUCAGAGACAUAAAGGAGGUGAAAAUCUCCUUUGCUCCUUUCCUGCUGCUGAGGAUCCCGUCUCUGAAGAUCAAGUGCAGUCUGAGGAAGGAGGUGUUUGAGGCCAACCUGAAGUCUGCGUGUGACCUGUGGAAUCUCAUGGUCAGAGAGAUGUGGGCUGGGAGGACGAUGGCAGACGACCACAAGGAUCCUCAGUACAUGCAGCAGGCUUUGACUAACGUCUUGCUCAUGGAUGCUGUGGUUGGCUGCCUUCAGACCCAGAAAGCCAUAUUUGCCGCCUCCAAACUGGCAUACUUUGACAGAGUGAAACAUGAAGUUCCUGUGAUGGUUCCAAAGACAACAUUGGAGACGUUGAAACACAAGAUCAAUCCAUCACUAGACCUCCCAGCCCCACAGACUGUACAUGUCUUACUCUACACACCAGGCCAGUUGAGUUACUCGGAGGCAGACGGAGAUGGGAACCCCAAGCUGUGGUGUGCCCUCAGUGGUGGGAGGGUGGUUGUGUUUGAUGCAGCCAGCUGGUCCAUGCAGCAGAACUGUGUUCAAGUGGGAUCCUCCCAACUGAACUGCAUGCUGGGAUUGGACCAGGAUCAAGUAUGGAUUGGCUCCCAGGAUUCCAUCAUUUACAUAAUUGACACUCGCAGCAUGUCCUGCAAUAAGCAGCUGACAGAGCACAGGCAUGAGGUUAUGGACUUUGCCCUGGAGGAGAGUGACAAGAUGAGACAAACAUACUCCUGUAGUGCCGAUGGAACAGUCAUUCUGUGGGACCUCUCAACGCUAAAAGUGAAAAAGCAGUUUCAACUGACCUGUGAUAGGCUUAUGUCCAUUCAGCUCUUCAAUGGAACACUGUGGUGCUGUGCCAGAGACGGCAUCGUUGAACUGAGGAAGAACGGAACCCCACAUCGUAAGAUGACACUUCCUGAGGAUCUACGGAGCAUGUCCACUGAGUUCAGCAGCCUCAUCCUCUUCUUAGAGAGGGGCCAGUUGUGGACGAGCUGUUCUGAUUCUGACGAGCUCUGUCUCUGGCACUGUAAAGACCUGACGAAGCCUUUCCUGAGGGUGCGGCUACAGAAUUGUACAGGGGUCAACUGUAUGAUCAAGGUUAAGAAUCAGAUCUGGGUUGGCUGCAGCGGGCCGAGCCCUGACCAGUGCAGGAUGAGUGGGAAGAUCUACAUAGUGGACACAGAGAGCCACAGUGUAGAGAAGGAGCUGAUGGCCCACACAGACAGUGUCCAGGCACUGUGCUCUGCAGAGGGCCGCUAUGUACUCAGUGGCUCCGCCUGCCAGGAUGGCAAAAUCGCCAUUUGGAAGGUUGAGUAGAGGACAAGUAGCCUGGUCCAGUAUCUGUUUGUGUGGGUUUGCCAACUCUUUUAAGUGAAUAAAAUGUUUGGCACAACAAUGACAGGAGUUUCCUAAACAGCAGAAAUAGAUGUGGGACCAGGUUAGAGGAAGAGCCCUGCAGACCCCGAGGAGUCCUACAGGUCUGAGGAGACUAUAGCCCCCUCAAACUCAACUCUGGACCUGGAAGUCCGUUCCACUGCUUUGUUUAAUUGUUCCCCUCUAAUCAGGGACUGAUUUAGACCUGGGACUCCAGGUGGGUGAUUCCCCUCUAAUCAGGGACUGAUUUAGACCUGGGACUCCAGGUGGGUGAUUCCCCUCUAAUCAGGGACUGAUUUAGACCUGGGACUCCAGGUGGGUGAUUCCCCUCUAAUCAGGGACUGAUUUAGACCUGGGACUCCAGGUGGGUGAUUCCCCUCUAAUCAGGGACUGAUUUAGACCUGGGACUCCAGGUGGGUGAUUCCCCUCUAAUCAGGGACUGAUUUAGACCUGGGACUCCAGGUGGGUGAUUCCCCUCUAAUCAGGGACUGAUUUAGACCUGGGACUCCAGGUGGGUGAUUCCCCUCUAAUCAGGGACUGAUUUAGACCUGGGACUCCAGGUGGGUGAUUCCCCUCUAAUCAGGGACUGAUUUAGACCUGGGACUCCAGGUGGGUGAUUCCCCUCUAAUCAGGGACUGAUUUAGACCUGGGACUCCAGGUGGGUGAUUCCCCUCUAAUCAGGGACUGAUUUAGACCUGGGACUCCAGGUGGGUGAUUCCCCUCUAAUCAGGGACUGAUUUAGACCUGGGACUCCAGGUGGGUGAUUCCCCUCUAAUCAGGGACUAAUUUAGACCUGGGACACCAGGUGGGUGAUUCCCCUCUAAUCAGGGACUAAUUUAGACCUGGGACACCAGAUGGGUGAUUCCUCUCUAAUCAGGGACUGAUUUAGACCUGGGACACCAGGUGUUUGCAAUGAAUUAGCAGGUAGAAUAGAAAAGCAGCAGGCUCCGGACCUCAUGGGGUCAGAGUUGAAUGUCCCUGCUAUAGACUAUAAAUUGUUCUUAUUUUCCCUGAACACCUCAGAGAGAAGGUGAGCUUCUAAAUGUUUUUUCAAAGCUUUGUUCUAAAAUGUGCUUUUCCUGGAUUAAAGACUCAAGGUUGGCCAUUUUGUUUUUCACAUCCUUCCACGCUGCGUCCCAAAUGGCCCCAGGCUGCUCCACCUUGUUGUCUGUCCAACCCCACCACGCUGCUCCACCUUGUUGUCUGUCCAACCCCACCACGCUGCUCCACCUUGUUGUCUGUCCAACCCCACCACGCUGCUCCACCUUGGUGUCUGUCUAACCCCACCACGCUGCUCCACCUUCGUGUCUGCCCCCCAACCCCACCACGCUGCUCCACCUUGUUGUCUGUCCAACCCCACCACGCAGCUCCACCUUGUUGUCUGUCCAACCCCACCACGCUGCUCCACCUUGGUGUCUGUCUAACCCCACCACGCUGCUCCACCUUCGUGUCUGCCCCCCAACCCCACCACGCUGCUCCACCUUGUUGUCUGUCCAACUCCACCACGCUGUCUGUCCAACUCCACCUUGGUGUCUGCCCCCCAACCCCACCACGCUGCUCCACCUUGUUGUCUGUCCAACUCCACCACGCUGCUCCACCUUGGUGUCUGCCCCCCAACCCCACCACGCAGCUCCACCUUGUUGUCUGUCCAACCCCACCACGCAGCUCCACCUUGUGGUCUGACCCCAACCCCACCAUGCUGCUCCACCUUGGUGUCUGCCCCCCAACCCCACCACGCUGCUCCACCUUGUGGUCUGCCCCCCAACCCCACCAUGCUGCUCCACCUUGUGGGCUGCCCCCCAACCCCACCACGCUGCUCCACCUUGUGGGCUGCCCCCCAACCCCACCACGCUGCUCCACCUUGUGGUCUGCCCCCCAACCCCACCACGCUGCUCCACCUUGUGGGCUGCCCCCCAACCCCACCACGCUGCUCCACCUUGUAGUCUGCCCCCCAACCCCACCACGCUGCUCCACCUUGUGGUCUGUCCCCCAACCCCACCACGCUGCUCCACCUUGUGGGCUGCUCCCCAACCCCACCAUGCUGCUCCACCUUGUGGGCUGCCCCCCAACCCCACCACGCUGCUCCACCUUGUGGUCUGUCCCCCAACCCCACCAUGCUGCUCCACCUUGUAGUCUGCCCCCCAACCCCACCACGCUGCUCCACCUUGUAGUCUGCCCCCCAACCCCACCACGCUGCUCCACCUUGUGGGCUGCUCCCCAACCCCACCAUGCUGCUCCACCUUGUGGGCUGCCCCCCAACCCCACCACGCUGCUCCACCUUGUGGGCUGCUCCCCAACCCCACCACGCUGCUCCACCUUGUGGGCUGCUCCCCAACCCCACCACGCUGCUCCACCUUGUGGGCUGCCCCCCAACCCCACCACGCUGCUCCACCUUGUGGGCUGCCCCCCAACCCCACCACGCUGCUCCACCUUGUAGUCUGCCCCCCAACCCCACCACGCUGCUCCACCUUGUAGUCUGCCCCCCAACCCCACCACGCUGCUCCACCUUGUGGUCUGUCCCCCAACCCCACCAUGCUGCUCCACCUUGUGGGCUGCUCCCCCCCCCCCCCCCUCUCCCACCAUACUCAGCAGCUCCACCUUGUUGUCUGUCAAACCCCACCAUGCUACUCCACCUUGUUGUCUGUCCCCCCCCAUCCCACCGUACUCAGCAGCUCCACCUUGUUGUCUGUCCAACCCCACCAUGCUGGUCCACCUUGUUGUCUGUCCAACCCCACCAUGCUGCUCCACCUUGUGGUCUGUCCCCCCCCCCCCCAUCCCACCGUACUCAGCAGCACCACCUUGUUCGAAAAUGUGAGGACCCUGCUAUUCCCUAUAUAGUACACUACUUUUGACCAGGGCCCUAUAGAGAAUAGGGUGCCAUUAGGGACGUAGACAAUAUACAGUGGACAUUGAGGCUCAGGGAAUGACAUGAUCAUGAAGAACCCUGUCAUCCUCUGUUCUCUUUAUGUUGGGGUCUGCCUGGAUAUACUGGAUAAUGAUGAUGUAAUAGCAUUUCUCUGACUGUUUCCCAAUAUUUUGAUUUUUUUUCACUAAAAAUAUUCUGGAUACACUAAAUGUCUUCUUUCAGAUUCAUAUUUCUGCCUCACCCAUGUCUUAGCUGUCACAUACAAUAAAACAAUGAUUCUACA